AUGUCGAGCGUCACUGAUUCCCUCAUCUUCCGACACAUAUUCUCAACCCCUGUGUCCGCUGCCAUCUGGUCCGAUGAACGCCGCACAAAGUACUACCUCGAGUUCGAAGCAGCCCUAGCAGAAGUCCAAGCUAACCUAGGCAUCAUACCGCCCAAAGCCGCAGUGGCUAUCAGGUCGGAAUGUGAUAUCUCCUUGAUCGAUAUGCAGGAACUGGGGGUCGAGACGGUGAGGAUUGGGUACCCGGUACUUCCUCUGGUGAAGCAGUUGGUUAGAUUGGUUAAUGAGGUGGAACCUGGGUUGGGCGAAUGGGCUCAUUGGGGUGCAACGACGCAGGAUGUAACAGAUACAGCGACGGUCCUGCAGCUUAGGGAUACGUGCAACAUAGUAUCGGAAUCGUUAAACGGGAUAACUGCGGCACUGCGUGCUCUCGCUAGGAAACAUGCUGCCACUCCGAUGCCUGCACGUUCCAACCUGCAGCAGGCUGUACCCAUGACCUUCGGAUUCAAAAUGGCAAGACUGCUAGCGACCUUCCAACGUCACCAACAACGUCUAUCUGAGAUCCUUCCUCGUUUGCUCGUACUUGAAUUCGGUGGAGCUGCGGGAACGCUGGCUACCUUGGCAAGUACCGGAAAGGCAAUGGAAGUCCAAGCGGCGCUGGCACAGCGUCUGGGCCUGGCAGCGCCUGACAUUGCAUGGCACACCGAACGAGAUCGUAUUGCCGAAAUAGGCGCGUUCUUCGCGUUGGUGACGGGGACCUGUGCGAAAUUCGCGUUGGACGUCAAGUUGCUCAUGCAGACGGAGGUGGGGGAGGUAUCUGAACCUUACGCACCGCAUCGUGGGUCCAGUAGCACGAUGCCACAGAAGAGAAAUCCGAUUUCGAGUGUGUAUAUCACUGCUAUGGCUAGCACGGUGAAGCAGUUGAGUGCAGCUUUAUUCGAUGCUAUGGUGGAGGACCAUGAGAGAAGCACGGGUCCUUGGGAGAUUGAGUGGAUUGUGUUGCCGCAGAUGGCGACUAUGACUCAUGCGACGUUGGUGCAUACCCAGGCUUUGAUUGAGGGACUGGAGGUUCACCCUGGAGUGAUGAAAAAGAAUCUGAAGUUGACGAGGGGGGCUAUAGUUAGCGAGGCGGUUAUGAUGGGGCUUGGACCGAUGAUUGGGAGGCAAGUUGCGCAUGAUUUGGUGUAUGAUGUGUGCAGGGAGUUGGCGCAGGAUAAGGACUCCCAGCGGUCAUUGUUCGACUUCCUUUGUGACCGCAAGGAGAUCACGGAGUCCGGAAUUGGAAUCGAACAGUUGAAAAGGCUUUGCGACCCCGCCAAUUACACUGGCCUGAGUGAGGAGAUGACAUAUCGUGUAACAGGAAGAGAGGGGUUGGUUGAACGACAAAACCUAUAA